AUGACUGUUAUAGUAACAGCAAGUUUCACAGAAGCAUCACGAGAUAUACAACAUGUGCCGGUAAAACUGCGAAACUGUUUAUUCUACGACGAAUCCCCAUAUCUCCCAUUCUAUACACACAGUGAUUGCUUGUUGAAAUGUCGAAUGUACUUUUUGAUGAACAAAUGCAACUGUACACCCUUUAAUAUGCUCAAAUUAGCUCACACUAGAACAUGUGACGUAAGGGAUAUACCAUGCUUAAGGAUCUUUAAUGCUCAAUCAAUGGCUGUAAGACCAGAUAUUGAAUCUGUUCCAUCUGAAUUAGAACUGAAUCUCGUGUCAGGAGGCAUUCACUGCCCCAUGUGCUACCCGACUUGUUCGAAGACAGCUUACAACUACGAUUUUACUAAUAUAAACUUAUACCCUGACCGUACCGACGUUGAUUCGAUUAAGGACAAGAUGGAUUGGCUAUAUGGCGCGAAUUUCACUGGAACUUCAAUUGUUCACGUGAAGUAUGGCAGAGAAGUUGCAGACUGUUACGGGCAGAAUGUUAUAAUGAAAUGGUUCGACUUAAUUAGUAAUAUAGGCUCGACGUGUGGCUUUGUCACGGGGUUCAGCUUCGUGUCUGUCCUUGAGUUUAUAUACUUCUAUACAGUAAAGUUAGUGCGAGAUUAUGUUCUUCGGCUACGGCGGGAGAGGCGAAUUGCGAGCGAAGCGUCAACGCCUGCGCAGUUUGAGCACAUUAGCCGAUAUCGACCGAUUUACUGGAACGAAAUAGCUGGUUCGACAGCGUGGCGAUUAAAUACUCCUGAUUAA